ACAUGGCCAUAGAGGGAUAUCAAACCAUGUCGCCCUGUCUUCUAGAUUUAGCUGCGUCACACAGAUUACUUCAGCACUGAACGGUACCGUCGCAACGGAGCCAGGUUCAUUAAUCAAAGCAGCAUGCUUUAUGAGUAAUAGGAUGUCUAAAUAUUACAUCAUACAUGCUAAACAGGAAUAAAACAUAUGAAUGAGAGAGACUGAGAGAGGGAAAAAAAGCAGGGAGAUGAUUUGGUGGCGUGUGCAGAUCCUGAAUAUAAAACACUGAAGUCAGCAUCCCCCCUCCUCAUCAGCAGCAGCAGUAUACUGUAGGUUGAGUCUGUGCUGCAUUUCUCCACCUACCCCUCCCCACCAUCCCAUGAUCCUUCAUCUCGCUCUUUUUGGGUUCCUCCUUUCUCUCUCUACCUCCUCUCACAGAAAACCCUAAAAGCAAGGGAUGUGAGCGGAUUGCCAGCAGCAGCAGAGUCUGUGCAAAAAUAAUCAGAGUAUGAUCAUGCCUGGAAGAACGGAAAAGCAUGGAAAUGGCUAAGAGAGGCUGGAAAGCAAAGUAACUCACGGCUGCAAAUGAGAGAAAGAGAACGGGGGUAGGUAGAAGAGCGAAAACUGGCAUGAUGAGGACGAAACAUGGACCUUGCCGACACAAAACACUGGAAAACAUAUAAGACAGCAAGAGCUCAAAAUCCUCUACUGCUGCUUUAGAAGACUUAAGACCAGGAAGAGUGAUCAGAACGGAUAGGGACAUGUUCAGAAAGUAAUGAAAAGGAAAGCCCAAAUUGCACCUGCCUCAAUGCCGGCUAACCUGUUGCUCCUCCUCCUUUUUGGGGUGCGUGUUCUGGCCAUUUGCCCACCAAUGUGCACCUGUAGCAGAGGCCAUAGAGUGGUAGACUGCUCUGCGCGAGGGUUGGCAAUACUUCCCGAAAGCUUGCAGCACAACAUUCAUUUCCUCAACUUGUCUUAUAACAGGAUCCAAAAUCUUGAUGGGCUCCUCAAACAUUUCGACCACUUAAGAACUCUGGACAUCUCCUAUAACCAUCUGCACCACCUUCCUGUCGGUCUGCCAAGAGCUCUUUGGGAUAUACGUGCCUCAGGAAACUACAUCCGCCAACUGGAGAAGAACGAUACAGCCUACCACUGGAACCUUCAAAAUCUGGAUUUGUCAUUCAACUUGCUGGAACGUGCAGUUUUGAUUAACAACACACUGUCCAAUCUACAAUCUCUUAAUCUUAGUCAUAACAAAUUCUGGACUGUCCCGACGAACAUGCCCUACAAUUUGGAAAUGGUGGACCUUUCUCACAACUACUUGCUGCAGAUCCUGCCAGGUUCUCUUGAUCGCCUUCCUAGAUUGAAGAGAUUUUACCUGCAUGCCAAUCGCUUCACAUCAUUAAGCAAAGAUAUUUUUAAUCAACUGGAUGAUCUGCAGCUCCUCACACUCGGAGACAACCCUUGGGCUUGUGAAGAUGAGGAGAAUAUAAACCACCUGCUGACUUGGAUGCAAAAAACCCCUGCAAAGGUUUUGGGCUGCCCCUGCUACACUAGACCUACAUGUGGCGAGGUCCACCUGGCCACCAGGAGAACCUGGCACUCAGCCGCAUUCACAGAACAACCGUUAGGUGCUGAUGCUCGCCAUCCUGGCCACAGAGUCCCACUGCAUGCAGUUACUUCUGGGUACUUGUCCAAGUCAGCCCAGUUGAAUGUGGCUCUCAAUGCAAAUGCAAUGAAUACUUCUGAGGCAGGCGAGCAGGUACUGAUCUUGGGUGGAGGAUUUCGUACAUCAACUCCACAUAGCCUGUCCACACAGUCAAGCACAACAAUUCGAACACGUAGCACCAAGAAGGCCCAUCCAGGCAAAGCUCAGAGCACAAGCCAUCAAAUCCACAAACGCAGCUUUGAAACCACCAUCUGGAGCCUUUUAUGUACUGUUGUCAUUCUCCGUGCUUUGUGAUUCUGCAUAAUCUCUUUAACUAAACCUGCUGGUUUGAGUCUUGAAAACAAACAACAACAAAAAAGCAAAACUAAAGACAUCCACAACAUUCUGGCUGUCUUCUUGAGCAUUCAUCCAUGUAUGUAAUCUCUGCCUGCUUCGAAUUACCACCGUUUACAUAGUGUGACCAAGAGCUGCAUUACACAAACUACCAACAUUUAGACACAGAUACAAGUGCACCACAGUUUCCUGAUGUGGAAAAGUGAAUGCUCUUUCCAGUGUUAUGCUUGAGCAUCGACAGAGAUUUAUGCCUUUCACUGUUUAUAAUAUGUACUAGACUGAAACACUUAAGAUGCUGUGUUCUAUGAUUACAGACAUGGAGACUUUAAAUGUUGAAAUAAAAAUAAAACGUGAAAAUCCAUUUUGUUUUACUAUGAUUAUAUACAGUAUAUGAACACAUAGUCAACAUGGCCUUGCAGCAGACUGGAAAAGGGCAAAUCCUUAAACACAAUGAAGCAGAGCUGAUAGUCCAUGUCAAGAGAGGUUUAAACUAAGUGGAACCUUUAUACACGCUGGCUUCCUCAGCUCCCAGAGCAAUCCCAUGGUGCAUCUUUGUACUAUACGAGAACCAUCAAGCUUGGCCAGCCAUUUUACACUCCAGUACAGAAUGGUAAAUUGAUCAAAUUAAUGCCAGCACUCCAUAGAGAGGUGUUUAACAAAAACAGAAGGGGGGCGGGUGUACAAAGCUGGUAAGGAAACAGUCAGCACAACCUUUCCUAUGGAAGAGCAGAGUUUGCUAUAAAAUAAAGUCAAUAAUUGCCUUGGCUAUAUCGUCACACAAGAUUAAAAUUGUCAGCGGUUUGUUUACAUACGUGCCAGUAGAAUGAAGAAGGGAUUUUCCAAGGCAAAUUUAGUUUUUUCCUCAUUCACUGUUAUACCUUUGGUGGUUUUACAUGACACUAAUAGAGUUUAUAUAUUAAUUUUUAGCACUGUAUUUGUCCUCACAAUAAUAGCAGGCUAAUAGAUAAACUUUUAUUUUACUUGAGGCCUUCAAUGACCUGAUAAGCACAUGAUCUUGUUUGUAAGAUUAAUUACUUUAAAGGGAAUAAUCUGGAUUAGUUAGCAACUUAUGAUUGACCUGAUACCCACUUUACUACUGAGGUAAAGCAUUCUACCUUAGGUCACAUGAAAAAAGAGAAGAAAUCUUUAAAAUCUUAGUUAAUUUUCACUGAAAACGUAGAGAGUUCCUUUAGCUUGAUGAAGCUUCAAACUAAUAUUAAAGCAUACAUUUUCAUUAAAGAUUAUUUGAUAUAUAACCAUUACUCUAUAUUCUACACUGCUUAUAUCAAAAUAAAGAUACAAAACAGACAGUGUUCGUUCCCUAAUAUUCCCUGAGAAUAUUUCAACAGCUCCACAUUAAGGCAUGAGAACAGUUCCUAUAUAUUGCAUUACUUAAUGGUUCCCUGAAGUACCUGUGAAUGUGCAGCUUUUUUGAUAUAUGAUGAAAUUUCACUGGAACGCAUAGUGUAGCUCCUCCCUGUUUUCAAAAAUAGCCAAAAGCAUUUUGUUUAUAUCACAGAGUUGCUGAGCUUAAGUACAUCUGACUCAUAACAGCCAGGGCAAUGAUGAUUCUGUCAACUUUGUUUAACGCAUCAAGUUAAUAACUGUUUCCCUACUUUAAAACACACUAUUCAAUGUAUAAUUCUAAGCAGUCCACAAAUCUUUGUGCACCCAUUUGUUUUGCGCAUAUGAUCUGUUACGGGCAAUCACAUCUCUGGACCAAAGCAGACCAAGUGUGUGUUGGGUAAAAAAAAAAAUCUGACUUCCCAAAUGGAAAGCAUGCCAGAAUCAUCAUCUACGUGCCAUUCACCAUAUAGAAAAGCAGCUGAAUUCCUUUAGAUUUUCUUAGUUGCCUGUAUGGUGACUGUUUAUGUCCAAUGUAUUUUCCCCUUUGCAAAGCAAAGAUCAACCUUGACCAAGCGCACCUAAACCAGUUCAUCAAGAUUUUCAGGAAAACUUAAGAACCACAGGUGCGUUGGAUAAUGGAUAAAGCUCUAAAGGUAGGUAGAUUUCCAGGAAAAGGACUGGACAUGCCAACUUAAAGGAAUAUCUUACUCAAAACUGUCUGUCUGCACUGAAAGUCAAAGGGGGCCACAGUUUCUUGGACACUGAAAUACUUUAAAAUAUACAAUUUUGUGUAACAGAAGAUGUUAAUCAAGUUUGGGAUGAAAACAGAGUAAACAUUUGCUCCUUUAAGUAGAGGGAAAAAAAAACUCCUUCAGCAGUAACAUACCUCCGCCUCCUGCAAGGGUGUUGCUUUAACACGUGAUACUCAAAUAAAAGCAUCACAUCGCUCAGAGACCCAUCCUUUCAACCUUCACGAGAACUGAGAGACACAACGAUCAGCCAUGGCGGAAGCGAAAGCCCUGAAUAUGGCUUCCAAAACUCAAUUUCUACUGCUGCUAGUGGCUGUGAUGAUUACAAGCUACAAUGCUGUUGGUGGCAUCGACACGGCUACAUACGAACCACUCAACUGCACAACCAAAUGCAUAACCAAUGGAACAUUCAACUGCACAAACAACUGCACAGCAAAUGGAACAUUCAACUGCACAAACAACUGCACAGACAAUGGAAUAGCCGCCUGCUUAGCCAACUGCAUGGUCAAUGUAACAGUCAACUGCACAAACAACUGCACAGCCAAUGGAACAAUCACCUGCACAGUCAAUGGCUUAAAUUUAAUAUACAACUGCACUCCUGGCAUCAACAACAUGACCAGCAGCAACAUCACCAUCAACAGCACAACCAACAACGGCACAACCAACAACAGCACAACCAACAACAGCACAACCAACAACAGCACAACCAACAACAGCACAAGCUGGACAACUCCGAGCUCAAACCAUGGCAACUCUAUUGCUCCUUCCUUUUCACUUGUGGGAAUCAUGGGUCUGUCUGGACUACUACUUUUCUAUGCAACCGACAUAAAUGAUAUUUUCACUAAUCUACACAUGCUAGUGGCUAGGGACAAGUAUUCGUAUGUAAUUAUUAAAUGAGGCAUGCAUGACUCCUAUGAAAUGAACCGCAUAUUACCAUUUAUUGACAUUCUACAGUGACUCAUGAAAGAAACUCACUGCUGCUAUGUUGUCGCUUGCGGUGAUCAUGGGACUGUCUGGACUACUUUUCUGCUCAAUUUGACAUUGGUGAUAUUAUUACUAAUCUACAGAUGUUAAUGGUUAAAAACUGGUAUUUUUAUGUAAUUAAUAAAUGAGGCAUGUAUGGGCCAUCUUAAAUGACCUUCACCAUAUCAUAUAUUGACAUUCUACAGUGACUCAUGAAUAAACAAUAAUGAAAGAAA